CACAGAACAGAGCUGUAUGAGGAUCCUCCAUCAGCAUGCUGGCCUAUCGUAUAUUCUCCAGACUACAACAUCACGUUUAUGGGACUUGAGAAGCUGCAUCCAUUCGAUGCAGGGAAAUGGGGAAAAGUAAUCAAUUUCUUGAAAGAAGAAAAACUAAUUGCAGAUGACUUGAUUGUACAGGCACGGGAAGCUGCUGAUGAAGAUCUCUUGGUUGUUCACACAAGGCGCUACCUUAAUAAAUUAAAGUGGUCAUUUGUUGUGGCUACAAUCACAGAAAUUCCACCAGUUGCCUUUCUUCCCAAUUUUGUUGUUCAGAGAAAAGUUUUGAAACCUCUACGAACCCAGACAGGAGGAACAAUAAUGGCAGGAAAACUUGCUGUUGAGAGAGGCUGGGCGAUCAAUGUGGGGGGUGGUUUUCAUCACUGCUCGAGUGACAAAGGUGGAGGAUUUUGUGCAUACGCUGAUAUCACACUGGCUAUAAAGUUCUUAUUUGAAAGAGUACAAGGGGUGUCUAAAGCCACAAUUAUUGAUUUGGAUGCUCAUCAGGGAAACGGCCAUGAAAGGGACUUUAUGGAUGAUCAUCGGGUAUAUAUUAUGGAUGCCUACAAUAGAUAUAUUUAUCCAGGGGAUGGAUUUGCUAAACGUGCCAUAAAACGCAAGGUGGAGUUAGAGUGGGGUACAGAGGACACAGAAUAUCUUCAGAAGGUACAUACUCAGGUGGAAGGAGCAUUAAAUGAAUUAAAACCUGACAUCAUUGUUUAUAAUGCUGGGACUGAUAUUCUGGAUGGCGACCCAUUGGGAGGACUUGCUAUUUCGCCUCAGGGAAUUGUGAAGAGAGAUGAAGUAGUGUUCAAGGCUGCCAGAAGUCGCAGAAUCCCAAUCCUGAUGGUGACAUCUGGAGGCUACCAGAAGAGGACAGCACGGAUUAUUGCUGAUUCCAUCCUCAAUUUGCACAACCUGGGGCUUAUUGACAAGGAGCUAGCAACCAGUGGAGCUGGAAAUCCCAAAGUAGAACAGAUGAUUAGAGACUCUACUAAAGACUUAACCAACUUGUCACUGCAAUGACAAGUUACCAACUUUAGGAAAAAUUUUGUGGGUUUAGGAGCAGGAAGCCUCCACAUCAUUGUCAGGGUUAAUAGAACAUAUUUAAAAGAGACUCAACUUGUCUGU